UCGAAGUUCGAAUUAUCGUACCACUGCAAUGGUCAGCGGCGGCACGCUGAGGUACAUAAGCUCAAUGCACCGCCAGACCGGGUCAAAUGUAGCUGGGAAGCUUGCUCAGGUUCACAAAACAACGAUACUAAGCCCGCAGCAUGAUGUUUUCCGUUGCUUUGCUCUCAGCAAGCUGCUUACUCUCCAGCGCACUGGCGGCAAACAUCACCAUCUACCAACAGAAUGUAUCAUUUGUCCCAACACCUCUCCCGGCACCAGGACCGGCAAGCAACUUCGACGCCAUCAUCAACCAGUUCAAUCAACUAGGUCGCUCAACCGUGUGGAAUCUGGUCAAGAAGAUCCCAUUUGAAGGAGACAAUGGCGAACCGGAAGGUAUGGUCAACAUCAAUGAGGAGCGAUAUAUUGUCAGUGGCGGUCUGUACACCAACAAGACCGUCUCAUAUGGCAACAACACCAUCAUCAACGGCACAGACCGCACCCCUGGAGCUGGAUAUGGUUAUCUGGCUGUCUUUGACGGUCAAGGCAAGCGCAUUGCGGUUGCCACCUUGACCGAAACUGGUGCUCUCGAAUACCACAACGGAGGCAUUGAUUACGACGGCCAGGUUAUCUGGGCAACCAUCGCGCAGUAUCGACCCAACACCACUGCAAGCAUCAUCAGUGUGGAUCCCACCACCUUGGAGUUCCAGGACCUCAUUCACUAUAAUGACCAUCUUGGUGGUAUCGUGCAUGACAUCCAAAACCAGUCACUCAGUACCCUCAAUUGGGGCGCCCGCAAUGGGACGGUCUGGGAUUUGACAGCCAAAAGAGAUCCUUACCCUCAAUUCAGUCAGCCCAGGUCCGUGGUCCACAACCCAACUUUUUUCGUUGACUAUCAGGAUUGCAAGUUUUUGGGGCACUCCCAAACGUACGACUACCGUGCUGUGAUGAUGUGCAGCGGUGUGGCCACUUACUCGAACAACGUGACCGUCGGUGCCGUUGCCAUUGUCGAUACGGAAACAUUGGUGCCUUAUUCUGAGGUGCCGUUGACAAUGGUCAGUGCACUGGGAACACCCAUCACGGAAAAUCCUUUUGAUGUGGCGAUUGUGAACGGCAAGUUGCGUCUGUACUUCUUGCCCGACCAGCAUAACUCGACACUGUACGUUUAUGAAGCCGUACAGAAUAGUCCUUAUGAAUAUUGAGCCGUGGGAGGCAAAAAGUGGGUGCCGACCGGCAGGUCUAUUGAGGUCAGCCAUAGUUGUACAUAGGGCUGCAGCUGAUAAUAAUGAUGUCGAAUU